AUGAAGAAGAAGCUGAUCAUUGAUGCAGACGUCGGGGUGGAUGAUGCUCAGGCCAUCAUGGUGGCCAUUGCUUCCCCUGAUGUGGAGAUUUUGGGGAUCAUCUGCUGCUUUGGCAACACACCCCUGGAAAACGUCCUUCAAAACACACUGCGUGUUCUGAAAAUCUGCAACAGGCUGGAUAUCCCAGUUUUCCGCGGCUGUUCAGGUCCACUGCUGGCCAAUAAACGCCACGCCAGUGAUUACCACGGGAAGGAUGGGCUGGGCGACGUUCCAGAUCCAGAUGCUCCGGGCCUGGAGCUGCUGCAGAAGAGGAAAGGUGUUCCAGCCAUGAUCAAACUCAUCAACCAAAACCCUGGAGAGGUGACUCUGGUUGCUGUUGCGCCCCUCACUAACCUGGCUGUCGCUGUGCAACUGGAUCCUGACCUCCCUAAGAAGCUGAAGUCGCUCUACAUCAUGGGAGGAAACGUUAACUCCAGAGGAAACACCACAGUGUGUGGAGAGUUUAACUUCGUGGCUGACCCUGAGGCUGCCUACGUCGUGUUGGACCGCUACACCUGCCCCACCUACAUCGCCCCCUGGGAGUUCAGCUGCAGGAGCAGCCUGCCCUGGUCUUUCUGUGACGAGUGGCUGUCCCAAAAAACUGAUAAGGCCGACUUUAUGAAAAAGAUCACAGCCGUCUCCAUGAAGAAAGCGAGGUCAGAAGAUUAUGAAAAGGAGAUCACAGAAGGAAAAGGGUUCAAUUCCUGCGACACGUACGCCAUGGCUGCAGCCAUCGAUGACUCGUUCAUCAUAGAGAGGGAUGAGGUUGCUGUGACAGUGGAGCUGGAGGGGACCUACACCCGAGGCAUGAUGGUGCUGGACUACAUGGAGCUGCUGAAUAAGAAACACAAGGCUUACGUCAUGAAAAAAGUUGACUUGGAGAAGAUGAAGCAAAUGUUCAUGAAUUCACUCAAGUAGAAUGAUACUGCAACUGUUUCAUCAACAUGAAUAAAAAUAACUUCAUUCAACUUUUAUUAUAGUUGAGAUUAAGAAAAACAUAACAAACAAAAAAACACACAUAAAAACCCAUUACCAUACAAA